GACAAAAAUGUAUUACAGCGAAUCCGCUCUUAUCUGUAGUAGAAGGUAAUGUGAGUCUGAUAGAGACAAUACCUAUAAGUUACCCCAUGUUUCAAAAUAGAGCGUUCAUAGGAACAUAUCUGGGUGGAGUGACACUGAAUUCAGACAGUACUGUGAAAGAAGCCAAAGCAAUCAAAUUAGUAUAUUAUUUGAGAGAAGACAGUCAGCACGACAAAGAAAACAGCCUGCAAUGGAUCAACCACUUUAUCAAAUUCUUUGCAAAGAAUGCCUUACAACUCAAUCACAUCAAGGUAUCUUAUUUCACAUCAGUAUCACGACAGCAGGAAUUUGAUGGCACAACAAAGACUAUAAUUCCGUUGUUUUCUAUUACCUAUUUUGUCACCAUAUUUUUUUCCAUCAUGUCCUGUGUAAGGUUUGAUUCUGUGAGGAACAAAACUUGGGUGGCUGGGUUUGGAGUCAUUUCAUCUGGAUUGGCAGUUCUGUCUAGUUUUGGUCUACUGUUGCUAUGUGGAGUGCCCUUUGUCAUUACUGUUGCAAAUGCUCCAUUUCUCAUUCUUGGUGUCGGGGUGGACGACAUGUUCAUUAUGAUUUCAAGCUGGCAACAAACUAAAGUAAAAGAUAAAGUUGAAGAAAGAAUGGCGGAAACGUACUCUGAAGCUGCUGUUUCCAUAACAAUCACAACACUCACAGAUGUUCUAGCUUUCUACAUUGGAAUUCUGACCUCUUUCCGAAUAUGGUCCUAGAGUUAUGGUUGUGGUGACUGAGGAGGUUUCAUACUGGGAUUCCGAUGUCCAGAGUAAAAUUGACAGGUGCCUGGAGUCG